AUGGGCGAAUUCGUGACACCAGCAAGCCAGGAUUCGAUUUCGAUGGCUUCCCCAAUAAAAUCCACAUAUGGAAGGUCAGCGACUGACUGCUAUACCUCACCUCCCACUGCAAGAGACCCCUAUCGGUACAUGGUAGGAUUUGGAAAUCGAUUCGCAUCUGAGGCAGUACCGGGGACUUUACCUGAAGGAGGACGCAAUGUACCACAAAAGUGUGCCUUUGAUCUUUACUCGGAACAGUUGAAUGGCACAUCAUUUAUAUCAUCGCGACAGACCUUACAGCAUGUAUGGAUGUAUCGGAUUCGACCGUCCGUGGCACACCGACCGCUAGAGCCUAUGGCCGCGAAUGAUGAUCUUGAAGCCUGCUUCUCUCCUUCAAAUCCAGCCAUAAAAUAUACACCGCUCAGCUACACCUGGGGUCCCCUGGACGUUCCGGACGCAGCAACUCCAAAGACAUUCUUGACUGGACUGAAAACGAUGGGUGGACAUGGCGACCCAACAAACAAAGAAGGAAUAGCCAUUCACAUGUACGCUGCGAACGCGAGUAUGGAGAACGAGGCAUUCUGCAACAAUGAUGGUGACUUUUUGAUUAUUCCAACUGAGGGUGUCCUGGAUAUCCAGACCGAGCUCGGCCGAAUGAUGGUUCUUCCUGGCCAAGUGUGCGCUAUACAAGCCGGUAUGAGAUGGAAGGUCAAACUGCCUGAUGGUAUGGCAAGAGGUUACGUACAGGAGAUUUUCGGGAGUCAUUAUGAACUGCCGGAGCUAGGCCCAUUGGGUAGUAAUGGAAUGGCGCUUCCUCGAGACUUCGAGACACCAGUAGCCAGUUUUGACAUUGAUGAGACAAAGUGGACGAUCAUACACAAAUUGACAGGAGAGCUGUUCAGCUAUGAACAAGCCUGGACACCAUUUGAUGUAGUAGCAUGGCAUGGAAACUAUGCUCCUUACAAAUAUGAACUCUCAAAAUUCGUUUCAUUCAACAGUACUUUGAAAGAACAAGUUGAUCCGACCAUACACACCGUCCUGAUGGCCAAGUCAAAAAUACCUGGAGUAUCUCUUACAGAGUUUGCAGCCUUUUUACCCAAAUGGCAGACCAGCACCAACACCUUUCGUCCACCAUACUACCAUCGCAAUAUGGCAACCGAGAUUGGCGGUCUUAUCUACGGAAAAUAUGGGGGGAGUGCAAGAGAGCAAGUUGCUGGGGGUCUGACGUUAGAAAAUAGUUACAUGCCACAUGGGGAGUCCUACGAAGCCUGGGUGAAAGCAACGUCGGAACCUCUGGAAAAUAUUUUGGUAGGAAUGGAUAGUCUCGGGUUCAUGCUUCAUAUCAGCUCGCAUUUCUCGGUCACCAAGUUUGCCAUGGAACGACACAACUGUAUCCGGCCGCAGCGGGUGGCUUUUUGGGACAAUAUCAAGGGACCAUUUCUGGAUCAUAUCCCAGCCAUCAACAAGAUGUUGCAGGAGCAAGGACUCGCUCCAUUGGGAACCCUUGAAUGA